AUUUCAAAUAAUAACGAUUUGCUAUGGUGGGUGCUUGAAAUUUUCCAUUUUUUGCUGGUAGUUUCUGCUUUGUCUAUGUCUACAGUUCUGGUUCUGAGAAAAUUUCUGCUUGACUGCAAUUUUAUUGGUCAUCCCAUUAUCUUUGUUGGUGUUGUUGUGGUGAUUUCUUUGAAAAAAUAUGCAUUUUAGUAGUAUUUGCAAAGAUGGGUAGACGAAAUUUCUCACUUGUUUAUUUAUUUAUUUUCUGUUUAUGAUUUUUAUUCCUGAUUUUGAGAAACAUUUAUAUGCUUGACAAUAUGACCAAAUACCCUCUGUAUUUUCUUAGUUUUGUGGUGAUUGCCUUCGAGAAAUGCAGUGGAGUGUUUCAUAACUCAAGCACAAGAAAUUUAUUUGUUUCCAAAUAAUUAUGGUGUUUGAUUCUUAGCUUUGCUGCUGAUUCUGCAAGGGGUUUUUUUAUUUUUUUUAUUCUGUCAUAUGGAAAUUUGGUUUUGUUUGUAAUAUUUUUUGAAAUCCAUUUGUCUGAUAGCUAUUGUUGGUAAUUCAAUUCGUUCGUAUCAAUCUUUUGAUUGUUUUGAAGAUUUGAUUUCUUGAAUUGUUUGUGAAGUUGGGUGUUUGAAGUUUUAGCUGUGCUUUCUUCAAAAUCAGACUUUCCAUACAGAUUAAUCAUCAUACCAAGAAAAUUUCAGCUCUUGGAGGAAGUAUGAAAUUGUUUUCAAAGUAUGAACCUGGUUUCGUCUGACUGCAUUUGUAAUGAAUAUAUUCCCUAAUAUAUCAAGGACCAUGUAUAAAAUAAGCCGGCCUCAUUCAAUUUUAAUUCAUCAUCUUUUUUCUUAUGGUGUUAUUGAGAAUGGUGGAUUACAGAAAACAAAAUGAAAUGAUCUCAUUUCCAGGGGAUUGGGGAUGUCCAGAUUUCAUGAGAAAGUCAAUUUUUUCUUUUGCCUUUUUUUCCCUGAUGUGUGUCCACUUCUUGAUCAUUUUGUAGUAAUUUGAAAAGGCAAGAUGGAAGAGAAGUGUGCAAUUGCAAAAGAUGUUACUGAACUAAUAGGGAAUACCCCAAUGGUAUAUCUAAACAAUGUAGUGGACGGUUGUGUAGCCCAUAUUGCUGCUAAGCUAGAGAUGAUGGAACCCUGCUCAAGUGUUAAAGACAGGAUUGGGUAUAGCAUGAUCAAUGAUGCAGAAGAGAAGGGCCUGAUUACGCCUGGGAAGACUGUCCUUAUCGAGCCUACCAGUGGCAAUACUGGCAUUGGAUUGGCAUUCAUUGCAGCAGCUAAGGGUUACAAACUUAUCCUUGUCAUGCCAAGUGUAGUGACUCUUGAGAGAAAAAUGGUUGUCCUAGCUUUUGGAGCAGAGCUGUAUCUGACAGAUAUAGCCAAAGGCAUUCAGGGGGUUUUUGAUAAAGCUGAGGAGAUACUGCAAAACACACCCAAUGGUUAUAUUCUUAACCAAUUUGAAAAUCCUGCCAAUCCAAAGAUUCAUUAUGAGACCACAGGACCAGAGAUUUGGAAAGGCACAGGGGGAAAAGUUGAUAUCCUGGUUGCAGGGAUAGGGACUGGGGGUACAGUUACCGGUGCAGGGCACUUCCUCAAGGAGAAAAACCCUGAGAUUAAGGUUUAUGGUAUAGAACCAGCUGAAAGUGCAGUUCUAAAUGGAGGAAACCCUGGCUCACAUAAGAUCCAAGGAAUUGGUGCCGGUAUCAUCCCCAAAGUUUUGGAUACUGAACUACUUGAUGAAGUUAUUCAAAUUUCAAGUGAUGAGGCCAUUGAAACUGCUAGGCUUCUUGCAUUAAAAGAAGGUUUGCUGGUAGGGAUAUCAUCUGGUGCUGCUGCAGCUGCAGCAAUUAAGCUAGCUAAGAGUCCAGAAAAUGCAGGCAAACUCAUCACGGUGAUUUUCCCCAGCUUCGGAGAGCGCUAUCUGUCUUCAGUACUGUUUGAUUCCAUAAGGGAUGAGGCUGAAAACAUGAAGUUUGAUUGAGUUAUUACUUGAUCUGGGAAGAGCCUUGCUAGCGUCAUUAGCCUUUUCCUUCACUUAUCAUUUGGCUGGAAUUACACUAGAAACCUAUUGAUCUCUGCAUUCCACUGUGGACUAGUCGAACGAAUGAUGAAUUAAUUUACUCAUAGCGAUGAAGUUUGAAUUUGAUA